CAUCAACAAGCAAUUCCAAGUUCUUCAAAAAAAUAUAUAGUUUGUUUUCUCUCAGUCUAUAACACUAUUUGAUCAAUUUUCAAACACAAAAAUAAUCAUGGAUAACUCCCAGAAAAUGAGCUACCAAGCUGGCCAAGCCAAGGGCCAAGCCCAGGAAAAGCGUAACCAGAUGAUGGACAAGGCUGCAAAUGCUGCACAAUCUGCUAAAGAAACAAUGCAGGAGGCGGGACAGCAAAUGCAGGCGAAGGCACAAGGGGCGGCUGAUGCAGUUAAAUAUGCCACUGGCCUGAACAAAUGAAGAUCCUAUUUUAUACUUUUAGGCUGGACCAUAAUGGGCUCUUAUUUUUCUUUCCCACUUCAGAAUUUUUAAGUUUUUGUUUUCAUUUCAAAUUAGAGACGCAAUUUUUGUUGUUGCUUAGGAUUGAGUAUUGUUUCUCUCUUCUUUGUUUCACUAAUAAUACAUAGUUUUUGGUUCUAUGUGUAA